AUGGCAGCAGAACGCCCCUCGACCCCACCUUUGCAAUCCAAGGGCUCAGGGGCAGGAACACUCCCGCGUGCUCCUAUCACUCCGGAACAACAACGGAUAGAAAUUAAUCGCAUGAAGGCUAAAGCUCUUCGGGAGAAACGUGAAGCCGAACUAUCUCAAGCCGCUCCGAAUAUCUCCCAACCCGCAACAGGCGCCAAACGCUCGUUCACUUCGAUGGUGGCAUCCAGUCACCCUGCUAAUAUGCGCGAUGCAUCUUCUUCCAAUCGCCCACUAGACUCGAUCAAACCAGCUCGAAACUUCACAAGCUAUGUCGACUAUGAUUUUAGCAAAAUGACCGAUACGAAGGGUGGAUUUUUGACCCAGGAGGAUGACCCGUUCAAUAAACAACUACACGUGCCGGAUGGGAAAGAAAUACAAAAGCCAGCACAUAUGACACAAAAGGAAUGGGAACGCCAUCAAAUACUACAAUCACUGAAGCGCAAUCGGGAGGGUCCCUUUGAACCAGGUCUAAGUGUGCUGGAUGAUAAAAGCAAGCAGAAGAUAUGUCGUGAAUGUGGCAGUCUUGAAAUUGAUUGGAAAUGGGAAGAAGAACUCAAGUGUUGCAUAUGUCAUGCUUGCAAGGAGAAGUACCCAGAGAAAUACAGUUUGUUGACCAAAACGGAAGCCAAAGAAGAUUAUCUCUUGACAGAUCGUAAGUACUCCGUUGUCACUCAAGAGAAGAGAUACGUGCUUAUGCACCUGCGCACAGCUGAACUUCGAGACGAAGAGCUCCUUCCACGCCUGGAGCGUCCGAAUCCACACAAGUCUACAUGGAACAGCAUGAUGUUGUACCUACGAUACCAGAUCGAAGAAUAUGCGUUCUCCGAGAAGAAAUGGGGAUCGACAGAGGCGCUGGAUGCUGAGUUUGAGCGGCGAGAAGGUGAUAAGAAACGGCGUCGGGAGGCCAAAUUCAAAACGAAGCUGCAGGAGCUGAAGAAACGCACAAGAGUGGAGGCCUACCGACGCAGUCGACAAGGUGCUUCGGGUGGAGACUUUGGCGACGAUCUCGGUUCUGGCCGGAAACAUGUUCAUCAAUGGGGCCGAUCCAUUGAGAAUCCAGAAACUGGAAUUGGUGUCAAGGCAUGUGUAGACUGUGGAAUGGAGGUGGAAGAGCUAGAGUUUUAG